AUGUUGUCUUUCUGCGAGAUGUGGGGGAGAUCAUACUUAGCCCCAAAACUUCGAAGUGUCACCCCUCCACCUGAAAAGGUUCCCUCUACCUCAUCGGUUGCCAUCGCAGAUCCUGGCGCGUCGUCAUCGUGGACCACCUGGACUGCCCGUCCUGAGGAUCAGGCCGGUAAUCCUUUGCCCAGUGUCAAUCCCACCUGUUUGGCUGCCAAACUUGACGCCUGGACUGUCGAUGCUGAUGAUGUACUGGAUAGCUUUAAUUCUCGAAUGGAAAAACUCAAAGAGGGUCCGUUAGCUUGGCUGAUGAAGAAAGAAUUCUCCUCAAAGUUCACCACACAUCACGUGAUGUUGAAAGUCUUGCCCUCCUUCAUGGGGGGCAGGCUACACAAUCGAUUCGUGUCAACGGCUUGUCCCGAUCCAUUUCUCGGUCUGAAUGGACCCGCCCCCGAGGGUUGUGUUGCAGUGUUCUGUUCAUCAAAUGGUGCAGGCGCCGCGAUUCAGCAUUACCAUAUACCUGUCACGGAUCUGAGCCCAGCUCCUCCUCGCAAAAAAAACCAACUGUGCAUUGUUCUGGAUGGGAGUCACCGCGGCUCCAUCUCCGCUAUAGUUAAGUGUAACCUUAAGAAGAACACUGUGGAUAUUGCAGUUGCUCCUUCAACUUUCAUUAAUUUACGCUUCGAUCAGAUCUGUCUUAUAGAGAAGUCACGUGCAACUAUGUGA